AUGUCCGUGCGACCAGAGGAAGCCCAGGCAUACGAGUUGUCCGAGCUCGACCGCUCACCCAAGCUCGAUGCGCUGGACGACGACGCAGAGCAGCUUCCCCUGCUGGACAAUGAGGACAAGCGGUCCUCAGUGGACUCGGAUGACUCGGGGCUCGGCUUCGUCCAGGUGGCACAUGAGGACGAGCUCGUAAGCUCGACCGAAGUCGAAGCCCUCAUCGCGCGAUCCGUACCCUCCAUCGACGACCCCACACUACCCACCCUCACGCUGCGGGUGAUUGUGCUCGGCUGCUUCUUCUGCAUUAUGGGAGCGGCCGCGUCCACCGUGUUCUACUUCAAGAGCAAUGCUCCCAGUUUCUCCAGUUAUUUCGUCAUCCUUGCCACUUACCCAUUAGGCCAUGCGCUCGCGAGCGAACGCCUCGUCUCACGACACAAGACGUUGUUCGGUGUCGACCUCAACCCAGGUCCCUUCAGUGUCAAGGAAGCCAUUCUCAUCAGCGUCCUCUCCUCGUCAGGCGCCAUGUCUGCGUACGCGGCCGACAUCCUCGCCAUGCUCGACCUGUACUACAAGGCGCCGCUCGCGACCAUCCCAUCCAUCAUCCUGCUCCUCACGACGCAGUGCAUCGGCUUCGGCCUGGCCGGCAUGCUUUACAACCUUCUCGUUGCCCGGCCGGCAAUGUACUGGCCCUCAACGCUCGUAGUGGUCCAGCUCUUUACGACGCUGUACGACACCGCGGCCACGAACAAGGCGGCGCGCAUGCUCACGAAUCGAAGGCUGCACGUCUUCCUCGCCGUCUUCAUCUUCACCUUUCUGUGGCAGUUUUUGCCGUUCCUUUUCUUCCCGAUGCUCACGUCGGUCGCGGUCCUGUGUCUCGUCAACAACGAGAACUGGUGGAUGCGCACAUUUGGGGGCGCGUACACCGGCCUCGGUAUGCUCGACUUUAGCUUUGAUUGGUCCAGCGUCGGCACUUCCGGACCGCUGUUUACGCCGCCGUGGGCGCUCGCAAACUGGUUUGCGGGCCUCAUCGGGAUGAUCUGGGUGAUCGUGCCGCUUAUGCUGUUCUUCAACUUCUGGGACGCGCGGGAGUUUCCCUCUCCUCUGUCGUCUGGCUUGUACAACGCGACAUACCACCACUUCGACGUCCAAAGUGUCCUGAAUCCUGACCUCUCCUUCAACGAUGAGGCCUGGGAGACUGCCGCGCCGCUGCUCCUCACACCUUACUUUGCUGUCACAUACGGCUUGUCCUUCGCGGCGCUGUCGAGCAUCCUCGUGCAUGUGUGGAUCUGGCACCGCGAUGAGAUUAAGGAAGCUCUCACAAACCGGGCACCGAUGAACGAUGUCCACAACACACUCAUGCGUAACUAUCUCCCCGUGCCGCAGUGGUGGUAUAUUGCCAUUCUCGGGGUCAACUUUGUGGCGGCCGUUCUCAUGGUCAUGAGUGCCCCUCUGCAGACGCCGAUCUGGGCACUCGUCUUGUCCCUAGCUAUUGCAGCGGUCUUCCUCGUUCCCAUCGGCGUUGUGGCGGCGGUGUCUAACACGCAGAUCGGCCUGAACGUCAUCACGGAAUUCGUUGCAGGCUUCUUGAUGCCUGGCAAGCCGAUUGGCAACGUGACAUUCAAAUGCUUCGGCUACAUGGCCAUGUCGCAGGCUCUGCAGCUUAUCACAGACCUGAAACUCGGCUGGUACACAUCGAUUCCGCCGCGUGAAAUGUUCCUUGUCCAAAUCAUUGGAACGGUGCUCGGUGCGCUGACCAACUACAUGACACUCCUCUCCGUUCUCUCCUCGAAGCGCCCGUUCCUCGACGGCACGACACCAGACCCCACAGGGCAGUGGACCGGCCGGCGGCCUGGCAUCUUCUACUCGGCGAGCAUCAUCUGGGGUGCCGUGUCUCCGCGUCGCUUUUUCGCGGGCAAGUAUUGGGUGCUCUACCUAGGCUUCCCAUUCGGCGCGAUCCUUCCUUUCGUGUUAUGGCUCGCGCACAAGCGGUGGCCUGGCAUGAAGAUCAACAAGGUGUGCGUGCCGGUCGUCCUGUCAGCAGCCAUCCUGUUGCCCGAGUACCCUUCGAACAUUAUCCUCACCGGUGGCAUCACUGCCUUCGCGGUCAAUGGGUGGAUUGCGAAGCAGUAUCCCAAGCUGCACGGGCAGUUUGUGUAUGUGAUCAGCUCUGGUCUGGACGCGGGGACGUCAAUUACAGCGUUAGCCAUCUACUUCCUGUUUAGCGUCUUGACGGAGUGGACAGCGCCAAACUGGUAUGGCAACUCUGCGAUCGACAGCGAACAUUGCAAGCCUGGCAGUUGA